AUGGUCCUCUCAACACCAGCAGUGCCCGAACUCUUAGAAACAGAGGUCGGCGAAUCUGUCAAUGCGCGUACAGCCGCAUUGCAAACUUUUAAAGAACUUGGACCUCCAGACCUUGUCCAUCUUUCAAAAACAACCCAAAAGGCCGGCGCCAAAGUCUCAGGAACUUACCACUAUGUGACCGGUGUUGAUGCCUCGUCCUCCUCCGCCGUCGCUGCAUACUUUAACGGUCUUACAUUCUCGCUCGGAGAAGAACAGGUCUGGUUCGGUCGUCAUGCUGGAUGGAAAAUCCAUACCGGUAUCUACUGUGCUUACAAUGCCUUUUCGCGCGUGGACGUUCGCGUGCUGGUCAAAAUCCCAGGUGGUGUUGAGGCUUAUGUCGUAGACUCUCAAGGCGACAAACACCCAGCUUCUGAAGACCAAUGGACAGAAACAUACCUCUCUGCAAUGAUCCGCGCCUUGUUAUUCACUGAUGACGAGGCUUAUUCGUUUAUUUCUUACUGGUGCCGCCUGAACCCAUUUGAUGGUGUCCCGCCCAAGGUUGCUGCCAGAUUCAUUGAUGCUUUCGAGUCACUCUUUUUCAAGGGCCCCACUCUCGGCUGCGUUGCCGAAGUUCAGGCCCCUACACUGACUAACAAUUACCUUGUAGACAGUCUUUACAAGUUUGUCAAAAUCACUGGUCUUUACGAGCCUGCUUUGAAGGCCCUUGAACGUUUGGCCAAAAUAGAUUCGGAUGUACAGGCCGUUUUAGCCCGCACUCAAAUACUUGCCAACGAAGAAGUCCGUGCAGUUGAAACUUUGCAUUUUGGUAUCCGUGUAUCCCCCCGUGACUAUAACCUGCUGCAACUCCAGGCUGAGUACUGUCUCAAAAAGGGUCGUCUUGAUUGGGCUCUUGACUGCUCUGUGCGUGCAGUCAAUGCUGCUCCCUCAGAGUUUUUGCCCUGGGCACAGCUGGUUCAAAUCUAUACCAAAAUGGGCGAUUACGAGCAAGCUCUCUUGACGCUCAAUUCGUGUCCCAUGUCAACUGCCCGUGAACAAGAUCUGCCUAAGAUGCCACCCCCAGCUAAGGCUCAUUUCCCCCUCCCCACUGAUGGUGUUUUGGAAGAAAUUUGGAACACCACCGAGUCUGAUGAGCAAAAUGCUGCCGAUCCAGGACUGCUGAAACUCCCUGCUCCUACUCUUCGCUCAACAUUCGCAAAGGCCUACGAACUACUCACAGGCAUUGCAUCCAAGAUUGGCUGGGAUGCUCUACUCAAGUACCGCUCCAAUGUGUUUAUCAUGGAGGAAGAGUAUCGUAAGGAUAGAAAAAUCAAGCACGAACGUCGCGUAUCAAACGCUUCUAAACUGACAAAUGGUGAGGCUCCUCCCCCACAAGCCCCAGCAGCUUCUUCAGACAAACUUUCACCAGAUGGGUCUGAAAAGAACGAGACUAAGGAAGAAGAAGAUGAUGAUGAUGAAGCCAACAAGAUGAAGAGCAAGAGACUGUGUGAACGUUGGCUUGAUAAUCUCUUUAUGGUGCUCUACGAGGACCUCCGAGUAUACACCGUUUGGCGGGCCGAGUACGUGCACUACAAGAGCCAGCAACUGGCGUAUCGCAAAACUGCACUGGAAUGGGAGUUGUUGGGUAUGGUUGCACUGCGGUUGAGACACCAUGCCGAAGCUGCUGAUGCAUUCCAACAAUCGCUUGCAGUCAAGUUUUCACAUAGAGUACUGUGGAAGCUACUUGAUUAUUAUGAGACUUUGGACAGCGGCAUCACAGGGCCCACUACCAAUGCAGCUACAUCUAAUUUGCCCCAUCACCAGUCUGUAGCACAAUUCCGUGAGGCCUAUCUUGACACAAUUGUGAGAUUGACUGCGUGGAACCACCGAUGGUACAUUGACUUUUCCCCACGAUUGGUUGUUGCACUACGCAGAGCCAUUGCAGAUGACGGUGCGAUCCGCGUGUCGAGUAUUGUUGAGGCCAACUACAAGCCACAAGGAGUUGAGGAUCUCAUUGAGAGAGAUGUAAAGAUUCUGCGGUUAUAUGGGGCUUUGGGAACAGAUGCUUAA